GAUUAUACUCAUACAAAACAAAUUAUUCUUGGGACUUUAAAGCAUACAAUUUAUAAUUCCUUGUUUGAUUAUUGGAGUGAACCGAUAAUAGUUGGAUUACUGGCAUUACUCUUAGAUCCUCAGUUAAAAACUCUAGCUAGUUGGAGUGAUGAAAUUCAGGAAAUAGCAAAAAAUGAAUUAAUACAUCAAUUUAAAAAAUUAACCGAGUUGAAUUCAACAUCAUCAAAUCAUACUACAAAUAUGCUCAACAAUAAUAAUUUUUAUCGUAGUCAUUUAUAUUCUUCAAUAUUUGGCAUAUCUAAUAGAAAUUCUACAGCAUCUAAUUCUAUAACUGAAUUAGAGUUAUCCAGAUAUCCGGAUGAGCCCUGA